CUCACGAAGAAGCGGCAUCAUCCAUUUCCGCUUCCAGGUCUCGGUUUAGAAACGUCGUGUGAACGGCGCCACCGAACAGAAAGUUUCUCCUGAAAACUUCCCGGUUUGAGUAGUUGGCGCAUCUUUAACUGACUCUUUUCACUUUGACGUGUGUUACGUAAACGACCUGAUUCAAGGAUAAAGGCGGAAGCGAGAGGAUUGAUGAUGUCUCUUCCUAAACGGGAGAUGGAGGAGUUGAGGCCGUGGGUGGAGCGCACUGUGAAGAAGGUGCUGGGUUUCUCUGAGCCCACGGUGGUGACAGCGGCUUUGCACUGUGUUGGAAAGGGGCUGGACAAAAGGAAGACCACAGACCAGCUGCGUCCCUUCCUCGAUGAGUCUGCUGGAGGUUUUGUGGAGCGUCUUUUUGAAGCUUUGGAGGAAAGCCGCACUGCCCGUGGCAACAGAGGAGCAGGCGAAAAGAACCGCAAGAGAGACCUUAAGGAUGUGUUUGGUGAUGAGUCAGAAACCGGUGCAGUACGAGAGGCUCCAGAUCCCGGAGACGGGACAGUAGCUAAGCGGAAGCGGGUCCCUCGCUUUGAGGAGGUGGAGGAGCCUGAGGUCAUACCUGGACCUCCAUCUGAGAGCCCUGGCAUGCUCACCAAAAUGCAGAUAAAACAGAUGAUGGAGGCAGCCACAAAACAGAUAGAAGAGAGGAAGAAACAACUGAGCUUUGCCUCUUCAGUCCCUGCUUCUCCACGGUUACCUGUUCCCACGUCACAAAUGGAAAACCCUCCCGUCUCACGACUUCUUGGUGCUCCUGCUGCAGCAGCUGCAGGUGGUGGGUCAUCUAUCGCACCCUCCCAGGCUGCCAGCUUCAUGAAUGAUGCUAUCGAGAAGGCCCGCAAAGCUGCUGAGCUGCAGGCCCGCAUCCAGUCUCAAUUAGCCAUGAAACCUGGUAUCCUCGGAGCCUUAGGGAACACCGGACCUCACAACCUAGUGGCACUAGCCAAUCUACACGCUAUGGGAAUUGCCCCACCGAAAGUAGAAGUGAAGGAGGUGAACAAGCCAACACCUCUUAUUCUGGAUGACAAGGGAAGAACUGUAGAUGCCAGUGGCAAAGAGGUUGAGCUCACGCACCGUAUGCCCACACUGAAAGCGAACAUUCGAGCUGUAAAGAGGGAGCAGUUCCGUCAACAGCUGAAAGAGAAGCCUGGGGACGACUUGGAGUCCACAUCCUACUUCGACCAACGUGUGUUUAUUACGCCAGCUCAGCGCCCUCGCCGGGCCUUCAAGUUCCACGACCAGGGACGCUUUGAGAAGAUUGCACAGAGAAUUAGAACAAAGGCCCAGUUGGAAAGGUUGCAAAACGAGAUUGCACAGGCAGCAAAGAAGACAGGAAUCCAAGCAUCCACCAAGCUCGCUCUGAUUGCCCCUAAGAAAGAGAUCGGAGAAGGGGAGGUGCCCAACAUUGAGUGGUGGGACUCUUUUAUCCUGCCCUACAACAUAAACCUAACGCCAGACACACAAUUUGACGAGUUGGAGCUUUUUGGUGUGACCAACCUGGUAGAACAUCCUGCACAGAUUAGUCCUCCAGUUGACACGGAUAAGCCAGUAACGCUGGGUGUAUACCUGACAAAGAAAGAACAGAAGAAACUGAGGAGACAGACACGAAGGGAGGGACAAAAAGAAGUUCAAGAGAAGGUUCGUCUGGGACUGAUGCCUCCACCAGAACCCAAAGUACGCAUCUCCAACCUGAUGAGGGUACUCGGGACAGAAGCGGUUCAGGACCCCACAAAAGUGGAGGCCCAUGUCAGAGCACAGAUGGCCAAGAGACAAAAGGCUCACGAGGAGGCCAAUGCAGCCCGCAAGCUCACAGCGGAGCAGAGGAAAGAGAAGAAGGUCAAGAAGUUAAAAGAAGACCUCACUAACGGUGUUCACAUUGCUGUGUACAGGAUCCGUAACCUGCAAAAUCCUGCUAAGAAGUUUAAAGUAGAGGCCAAUGCCAACCAGCUGUACCUGACGGGCACCGUAGUUCUUCACAGAGACGUCAACCUUGUUGUGGUGGAGGGAGGCCCUAAAUCCCAGAAAAAGUUCAAGAGGGUGAUGAUGCACAGAAUCAAGUGGGAGGAACACAACAGUAAAAGAGAUGAUCCAGAUGGUGAUGACGAUACAAAGAGGAAUAACAAGUGCUGGUUGAUUUGGGAGGGCACAGCUAAAGAUCGUAGUUUUGGGGAUAUGAAGUUCAAGCAGUGCCCCACAGAGAGCAUGGCCAGAGAACAUUUCAAGAAACACGGCACAGAACACUACUGGGAUCUAGCUCUCAGCAAGAGCGUGUUGGACAGCACAGAUGACUGAAACCUGCCCGGAGAGCGUGUUGUUCCAGUUAACGUCCCCUCUUUCUACAAGCCCCCAGAACAACAGCCUCUCAAACCACUGCUGACUGGCUGCCUUCAAACGUGGGGCAGACUACAUCAAGAGACUUUGAAUGGAAAAGGAUGAACAAUAAACGUGCGUGUGGAUGUUUCUGUGAUGAGACAGACGGGGUGUGUGCGUAGGACGAUAUGAGUGUGUGCGCCUGCAUCAGUGUCCAUCUCUUUGGUGGUAGGCUAUUGUGUUAUCUGUUAUCGACUAUAAUGUGACAGAUUGCACUGAGAAAUGUAAAUCAUCCUCCCAAGGCUUUAUGUGAUGACAGGGUCAGAUUUAUGACUUAACUUUUGUGAUGUACCCUGAUAAUAAUCCCGGUUUAAAUCAAGCAGUUAUUAAUAAAAACUCCACCUCAUCAGUGAAUGCCACAUUUAGAGUAAACCUGGAAGAAUUACUGGGUAAUGUUACAGCAUUGUUAUAAGUAUCAUUACAGGUAAAGUUCAGAGUUUAAAGCUUAUUUUUUUCGAUCAAAUCCUUGUCUCACCUGUAGCUAUACUUCGCUUUAACGUUACAGUCACAGCCUUAAAUAAACAACAAAAUUGAAUCGA